CAAAUAAUAGAUGAUAUUGUAAUAUCCCAUUGCCUAGUAUGUCAUACCAUUGCAAAUAUUCCUGAGCUAACUUUGUUCGCCCGUACAGAAAGAGUGAACGAACGAAUGAAUGAGCGGAUGGGUGGAUAG